AUGACUGCUCGUGUUGAUUCGAUGAAGAAUGGGUUCUUGGUUAUCCCAUUCAAGUUGAACCCAUCUGAUAAAGUGAAAAAUGGACUGAAAGAUAGCUCAGACAGAACGGAUUCAACAGAAGCAGACCUCGUAGCACAUUAUAUGUUUAUGAAGAAACAUCUAUCUAAGAACAAUGAAGAGCAAAACUGUCUUUUUCUAGCUAAUUUGCCGCUGCUGACGCAUGCAGAAAAUCUGAAAAAAGCUUUAGCCGAGAUUUUAGAGCAACAUGGCGCUGUAGCGCAUGUCUCGCAACUACUCCACCACGAUGAGUUCGGUCUAAACGAUAUUGAUCUUUCAAGCCUCACUUCGGAUCUAAUGUCGACCGGGAGUGCAGAGGAAAAACGGUUUACGCCAAGAAACACCGCUCUGUUGCAAUUCGUGGAUUCCGCAAGUCUUGAAAAUGCUUGGAGUGCAUUGCGCAAAUAUUCUCAAGAGCGCGAAAAGGCCAAGCUUGUAAAUUGGAGCUUUGAGUCUCCAUCAAUGGAGACUUUCACCAAUUUCUACAAACCUUUGGACUUGGACUACUUGAAAGAAGAUAUCUACUCUCACAUGACGCUAUUUGAGCAGCGAGAACAGCAGGCACAAGAAGAAACACAAUCAUCAAUUGUGGAUGAGGAUGGGUUUACAUUAGUGGUAGGCAAAAACACCAAGUCGUUGAACUCUAUUCGUAAAAAGAUUCUGAAUAAGAAUCCUUUAUUGAAACAUGAAAAGAUUGUCAAGCCUCCCACGAUGGUGGACAAGAAAGCUAAGCAAGAUUUUUACAGAUUUCAACUCAGAGAACAGAAGAAGCAAGAAAUUUCGGAGCUACUAAAGAAGUUCAAACAGGACCAAGAGACGAUCAAGGAAAUGAAAAGCAAGAGGAGAUUUAAUCCUUACUCGUGA